AUGCCUAAUUUAAGGACCAGACCUGCCUCCAUAGACUCACUUCGUGACACAGCUCCGGCCGGCCGGACUCGACUUGCUCUGGGCGCCGGGAUCUGGGUCCCACCUCAGGUCUCUGAGCGGCCGAGAUCAUUGGAGGGUGCGGGAGCCAGGGGGCGGAGCGGGUUCCCCAGGAUUCUUGACCGAGCGCGCUCAGCUGCGGAGCAGGGCGCCCGGCGCCCGGCCGGAGCUGGGCUGGCGGCCGCGGAGGGAGGACGGGAGGGUCCUGGCGUGGAAAGGGUCUCUAAGGAGUACAUCUGUCACCGCUCUUACACAGUCCUCCUUGGGCCGGGCUUCGCUAGCGGCGGCUGGGAAGACGCGGGACCCAGCGUGACGAGCCCAUCAGCUGUCAGGAGAGCGGCGAAGCGACCCGAGGGCGGCGGCGAGAGACACACAAAGAACGCGGUGAGCGGCGGCGGCGAAAGGGGGCGGCAAAUUCGGGACGGCAACUCCCGGCCGCGCCCGCCCGUGCCGCCGCCGCCGGGGCUGGGUCCGAGGCCGCGGAGACAAUGCGGCCGGGCUCCGACCCCGCGCGCCUCAGAGUGCGGGCGCCUGCGCUCCCCCGGCCCCUAUUUGACCGUCCCUCGGCUCGCCCAGCCCCCUCCCGGCCAGCUUGGCCCCCGCCCGGGGAAGGGGCGCCCCCUCGCUCCCGCAGCCGGGAAGGAAGUCGGCCCGCGGCCGCCGAGCCCGGCAACUUGCGAGCCGGGAAAAGUUUGCGGCGCCUCCGCGGGGCGGCGCGGCGCGGCGCGGCCCGCCCCUGGCGUCCACGGUCACCGCCGGUGACUUUCUGGACUCGUCGUCAGCCCGGGCCGCGGCGCGGCCGGUGACGACUGCGGGGAGGGCCAGAGUACGUCCGAGGGCUCCCGCGCAAGGGGCUGCGGCCCUGGAGAGUUGCUGUAGAAGAGGGAUAAGAGAGGAAGACAACACAGGAGGAGAUAAGUCACUCUGGAUACAAGGGAAGGUCAUACCACUAUAUAGUAAUUAUUGAGCAGAGGGGAAAGGGACAAGGGAAGGAGUAGACUGCAGUCCAGCUAAUAACCUGGGUUUCCUCAUGUAUCACCCUGGCUCAGGUGCUGUCUCCUCUACCCCCUCCCUUUUUAUACCCCUUUAUUUAGUACUUAAAUACUUUUCUGAUUCACUUUGAGAAACAUUGAUUAUGUUGUCUGCCUCAAAAUGUUAAUCUUGGUUUUGGAUUUUAGGCUCUGUGAUCCUCAACCUUGCAAUGGCUUAAGGGUAGCAACUGUCUCCUCUUGGAAUCUAGCCUUUGGAAUUAUUGAAGGGCAGAGAUUUCUAUCUCUGACCCCAAAGGAAUAGAUCCAGAAUCCAUCUCCAAAUUUGCCUUGUCAGAGAAGUGUAUGCCGUCAAGACAUGGCGAUGUGAUCAGACAGGCCACUACCCCUGACUUUGAAAAAUACCUUUACUUUCUAGAGCUCAUGUACUUUCCAAAGUACUUUGUCUCUCAUUAGCUUACUUUCCCCUUACAAACAGUCCUGUAAAAUAUUAACAUUAGUAGACAGACUCCUACAAGGCCCCUCAAAUCUUGCAAGGCUAUUCUUUGCUAUCUUCACAUUAUUUUUUUUUUUAUUUUCCUAAAAUUGAAAACCUUUCACCACUUUCUAUUUGUACCCAUAUCAAAUGGAGCCUCCUCUGCUUGGCUUAUAUGGUGACCUUAAAACCAGUGUCCUAUCCUACUCUGAAUAUAUUCUCCACAUAGUUCCUGGAACAUGGAACACUUAACCACCGGCCUUAGCCCAUAUUGCUUCCCUUAUUAGUGAUGCCUCCUCGAACCGCUCAGAUUCUACCCAUUCUUGAGUUUCUAACUCCUCCUUGGAGCCUUCCUAGAUCAUUAAUUCCUUAAAGAUUACAUCUUGCUCUGAAUUCCAAUGGUAGCCACAGCUAUUUGGUCAAUUAUAACCUGGUAUUAACGUCCUAAUGGAGAAAAAAUAUAGCAUAAAUUUGAUAAGUAGAAGAAAACACUAGACUAAGUCAGUUUUAGAAGACUUGAUGUCUACUAAAGAGCUGUGGGAGCCAACCCAGAUUGCUUUACCUUUGUGGUUUAACAUUUUCUGAGCUGUUAACGUUAAGAGUUUGGGGCAGAUGAUGUCGAUGGUUCCUUCUUAUUCUGAGGCUUUGGGACAACUUGACCUUCCUAAUGUCGGAUAGGAUUGGGGCUCUUGAGUUCUUGGAUAAAAAGGUCAGGAAUGGGCACUCAGUUCCUUCAGGACUUGUUCUAUCCCACAGAUUUCUGAUGCUACACAUGGCAAUUUUUGAAAGCUGUCUACCUUUUUUGUUAAGCUUUUUAACCACAAGCAUUCAGGGAAGGUUAAUGGGGGUGAAUUAGGUAGCAGGAUGAUGCAUUAAGGAUAAUAAAGAGUCAUUUUGUGAAUGACUUCCUAUGAGGGAAUAAAUAAGGUCAGCUAUUGAAUAAACCAUAAAUCUUAGCAUUUAAAAUUUACUUUGCAUUUCAUCUUCAUUGAGUAGUGCUAUAUAUAAAAUACAGUUAUAUUUUCUUCUUAAUCCUUUCAUAAGUUGAAAAACGUUAAAAUAGUCAAACUGUAGGAUAGACACUAGAUUACUUUCCAUAGUAAUACAUGUUGUAAGUCUGCGUGUCUGUGUGUGUGUAUGUGUGUGUGUGUAUCAUAUGCACAUUACACUUAAAUUAAGAAGGGUAUCCCAAAGUUAUAAGGUGCCAUUAUACAUUGACCAGAUUUAAGAAGAGUAUCUCUUUAAAAUGUGAUGACAUUUAAUUGACCUUUGAAAGUUCAUUCUGUUAAUCAUACUCAAAGUGCUAAAGCUAUGGUUGACUGCUCUGGUGUUUUUACAUUCAAUCGUGCUUAGCAUAUAAAUUCUUCAGUAUAAUUGUUACUUAUUUAGCAAGAGUUUCCUUUCUUCUUUGGAAAUAUGAGUUGUGUUUUAUUUUUGCAUCUUUUUUUUAACUUUGCUUCAGACUGGAUAGUGUUAGAGGUUUGAAUUGAAAUGCCUUCCUGUCAUUAGUUGUAUGGGGUGUGGCUCCUUAAUAUAGGAGUAAUGGAAAUUUCUUGCUUAGUGGAAGCAUACUUUUCUUCUGGCAGAAGUUUGAGGUAUGCUGCUAAAAUUUAGAGAAGCUUAGCACCUCAACACUACAUAUUUUUAACAUAAUAAAGUUUUGAAAAUCUUUCAAGUCCAUUUAUGUAAACUAAAACUAUCAGUACGAAUACUUCUCAAUUAUUAAACAAGGACUCAAAGGAUUUGUUUUCAUAGUAAACUCUUAAUUAUAUUCCUUGAAUCGCUGUGAGUGGAAUUUAACUUUAUUAUGAAGGAUGUACUUGUUUAAAAAAAUGUCAAAUAUGUUUCUUUUUAAAGCUUAACAUUUUAUUACUAUCACCUAGAGAACUUCUGCGGAAUUGUUUACAAAUUUCUGGGUAUUAAAUUUAUGAAAUCAGUCUGUGGAAAUAAUUUUUAAUAUGGUUCACUGUCUUACAUGUUUCUAAAUUAAUAUUUCUAAUGAUCAUGAAAAAGUAGCUACACUUUUUGCUAAAUGUUAAUAGAAAAAUAAAAAUGUAUAAUUUCCUGUGUUUGCUAGCUUAUCUUUGAGAUUCUAGACAUGGUUUGCAAAAUAUUUUUAUCUUAAAAGCUGUUUUUAAAUAGAGAAGAUAAAGUUUAAACCAUAGUUUUUAUUUUCAUGAGGUCAUCUUACACUUUUCACCUGUGUAGCUCCAUAUUUGAGAUGUGUUCUGUUCCCUGUUUUCUAAGUUUUGAUGUCAUGAUAUCCUUUAUUUAUUCACAUAUUAUAAGUAUGGUAAACAGUCUCAUCUCGUGAAACUGACCUUAUUUUCUCUUCAUUGUCUCUCCUUCCACAGUGUCCUUUUUUUUCCCUGCCUUUUUCUGUUUCUAGUUUUACAACUUACGCUGUCCUUUUCAUCUCAUUAUAGCCCCACUUCCAAAGGAAAAUAAGUUCUUUUGCCUUAGCCCAAACAUUUAACUUCAAAUUCUAUCCUUUUUUAGAAUAUACAAUGAAGCCUCUUAAGGAAUAUUAUCUAAAUAAUGCAUAAAGGAUGCAAAUGACUGCAGUGCUGAAUUGCAAUGCUGCAAUGCAAUGUACCUGAAUAGUCAGACAUAGGGUAUCUCAGGCUAACGGUAAACUCUAAUACUUGCAUUUUGUAAACUGGUUUCAACAGGUAGAUUGAUUUCUUCCUUGGCAAUUAAGUGUCUCAGGACCAGGCCAGAUUUGGUUAAAUACAAAAUGUUUAGAUAAAGCAUGGUUCCUUGGGUUAUCUUUCCUGGCAGUUCUCCUGGAUUAAUGACACAUACUGACAAAAUCAACACAUUUGCUCUUCUUUUCUGUUUGAAGUCUAUUUUAUCAUCAUACAGCGCUUUUUGUCAUUUGAAUCCAUAUAUAUGUAUUCACAGAUAUUUUAUUUUCAUUUUACUAAACAAAUUUUUAUAUUACUCUUUCAUUUAUCAAACCCUGUUCUAAAUACUUUAAAAAUAUUAGUUUAUUUAAUUAUCUUGACUCUAUAGUUAUAGCUAUCACUAUAUAAUUAUAGUUAUUAUUAUUGUACAAUUGAGACAACUAAGACACAGAGUUUUAUUUAAUGGUGGGCCUUAAAUGAGGGGAGAAUGGUAAGGGUAGGCAGAGUGGAUAACUUAGCAGUAGUGCUAAGAAUCAACAGGAAGAUCUGAAAGAGUUUUCGGAAGAUGAGUCUACAUGGAAAGGGUCAGAGACUUAGCUCAACCUAGUCCUAAUUAGCAAUAUGUCUUGCGUUCUCAAUUGUAAGCCUUGGGCAGAAUCAAGAGCCAAACUUAGGAGACACUCCUCAGUCCUGGGAAGUGAUCAUUGCAUGAGAAGUGACCAGUGCCAUGGGUUUCAGCUGAGGUGGGCUGUACUGGCUCAUUGUGAUUCUCAGGGUUGCAUGAACCUAUAUACCUUACCUCCUCCUAGCAUUUCUUAGGACUCCAGCUUCUUUCCUCCUGCAGAGUUUUUAACUUCUCUCUCUGCUGGAAACUUGGGCAUUGUAAAUACAAGUGGCGAAUUGUUUUUUCCCCAGUCUAACCCCAGCCUGCUUCAUUUUCUCUUCUUGCCCUAAUUUGUGCAUUAUUUUGAAAAUGUCAGUAGUGUUUACGUGUGUGUGUGUGUGUGUGUGUGUGUGUGUGUGUGUGUGUGUGUAUUGUAUGAAGUUUAGGGACUGAUGUUAAGCAGCAAGAUUAAAGGACAAAGUUAUCUUUUCUGUUGGAAUUGGGGAUGGAAGAAGAUAAGAGAACAGCUAAACACAAGAAAUAUAAAGGAGAGAGACAGAGAAAAGAUAUGUGGAGAGAAAACGGUGGUGAAAAAUUGAAGAAAGAGAAUUACUGAUUUGCUUCACA